AAAAAAAAAAAAACAACCCGUAACACUACAGUGUAACCGACAAUUCAAAUUAAAUUCCGACCGAUAUUAUUUCCCUCUCCAAGCACGGACAACAGUACAAACUACAAAUUACCCUUUUCUUUUCAAAUCAAAGCCACCACUUCAACAGAAACCACUUACGCCAACACCGAGUCCGACACUAUCAUUUAACCUUCUCAAAAUUCAAAUCGAAUCUCUCAAACCCCUCUUAGAUUUUAGCUCUCCCGUCCGAAAAUCUUCCCAAAAUUGUAAAUUAAUGAAAAGAGCUCAGUUGCCUUAUUCUCCAGAUCGAUCAUGGCUUUUGCCAUUACUUGUAAUCUCAAUCAUUUCACUCACGUUUCUUCUAGCAUUAACUUUUACCCACGGCAAAUCGUUGUCUUCCAACACCGACUUCUCUUUUCACCAACGGAAAUUUACUUUUUCUGAAGGGGUUUACGGCCGGUUGCCGAAGUUACCGAGGUUUGCUUAUUUGAUAUCGGGGACGAAAGGGGAUGGGCCAAGUGUCAAGCGGUUGUUGCAGGCGGUUUAUCAUCCGAGGAAUUACUACAUACUCCACCUUGAUCUAGAAGCUCCGGAUUCGGAACGGCUGGAGUUGGCUAAGUACAUGAAAUCGGAGGGCGUGGUUAGGGAGUUUGGGAACGUGAUGGUGAUCGGGAAGGCUGAUUUGGUGACUUCUAAGGGGCCCACUAUGAUUGCUAGCACGCUUCAUGCGGUGGCGAUAUUGUUGAAGGAAGCCAAAGAUUGGGAUUGGUUUGUGAACCUUAGUGCAUCAGAUUAUCCCCUCAUGUCUCAAGAUGAUAUGGUGCACAUCUUUUCUUACUUGCCUAGGGAUCUCAACUUCCUGGAGCACACGAGUAGCAUUGGUUGGAAAGAACACCAAAGAGCAAGGCCCAUCAUUAUAGAUCCAGGCUUAUAUCAUUCAAAGAAAUCUGGUGUAUUUUGGGCAAAGGAGAGAAGAUCAUUGCCUGCUUCAUUCAAGUUAUUCAUGGGGUCUGCAUGGGUUGUUCUGACAAAGUCAUUUCUUGAAUUCUGCGUCUGGGGGUGGGAUAAUCUCCCCAGAACUCUCCUUAUGUACUAUACAAAUUUCCUGUCAUCUCCAGAAGGCUACUUCCACACUGUAAUCUGCAAUCACAAAGACUACCAGAAUACAACUGUAAACCAUGACUUGCAUUAUAUAAGAUGGGAUAAUCCUCCAAAGCAGCACCCAAUGACUCUAACAUUGGAACAUUUUGACGACAUGGUUCAAAGUGGAGCCCCUUUUGCUCGCAAGUUUACCAGGGAUGAUCCAGUACUGAAAAAAAUUGACAAGGAACUCUUAAGGAGAUCCAAUGGUCAGUUUACCCCAGGAGGUUGGUGUGUUGGAGGUUCCUUUCCUGGUACAGAUCCUUGUGUAAUUUAUGGGAACCCAAAUGCUGUUAAACCUACUGUAAGUUCAAAGAGGCUAGAGAAACUAUUGGUACAACUUCUUGAAUCUGAAAGAUUUAGAUCAAAACAGUGUAAAUAGUUUUUUGUAAUGCUAAGUAUAUACUGCCCCUCCUCCACCCCCCCAAAUUUUGUCAACAAUAAUGUUAGCUAAACACGACAAUUUUAAACAUGACAUGAAAAAAUUAUGUAUGAAUUUAGUGUAAUAAUGUUUUGUGUUUUAAUUGUA